UGUGGCCCGCGUAGCCGACAACCUUGGACCACCCUGUUAUAGGUGUUUCAUGGUUCAAAAAAGGAUGAAAAUCUUUGCUCUAAGGAACAGUAUUCAUAUCGCUCAUGCUGGAUUUUUUAUGAAAUCUAAUUACCCAGUAAUUUGCUCUAUCAUAUCAGCAUAUAAUUCUGUAAUUUUCUGCCAAAUGUCGGUAGGUAGACUUUCACUAAUCUCAAAUCAUCACUUAGUCAAACUGCAAACUGUAUGCUGGUAUGGGCAGGUAUGAUGUAUGAAAAACAUUCCAAACUUAUUUGAAUUGUAAGAUUUCCAUCAAUAUUUAAAUAUUAGGAAUAGAUUCUAACAAAAUUGUUUGCUGUUCAGAGCUUGUUAUUGGUGCAGCUGUGUAGGUAACAUACUUGAAUGAAAAAAUGCUGAAGGCAGCUGGUUAUUUCAGUGGUAUCGAAUGCCCAACGGAGGCUGGAGGCGAAGGAUGCUCCCGUUCUUAUUGCCCUUUUCGUCAUCAAUUGCCCAGCAAACGAGCUGCACCAUCAACUUCUGCUGCAAACGUAACAAAUUCGAGUAUUACAAUAGAAUCUGUGAACGAUGCUAUAGAAAAGCUAAAGUCUGAUAUCGGGAGUGGGGUUGGUAAUGGUGAACUAUCCAUUGAUGAGUAUAAUCCUAUAAUAAAUGAGUCGUAUACUCCAGAACUGUACUUAUCAUAUAAUGAACAUACCAGCGCAGCUAAUCUUUACACACCAAGUGUGACAUCUUCUAAACAUUCAAUUGAUUACUGUCCGGAAACAGUAAUGAAAUCCGUUUUGCAUGGCGCAAAGGGAGCAAGUAAGAUAGUAAAGAAAAUACGUCCAAAAUACAAAUCAAAAAAUAUUUAUCAACUGAAUUCUCAACAACCCAUCACAGAUAUGGAAUAUGACCCUGUUGUAAAUUACAGCACAUCUACACUAGAAAAUAGAAAGCUCUCAAAUGCCGAAAAAAGAAAUCACCCAGCAAGCGAAGACGUUAAAAUUCCACAUAAGAAAUCGAAAAUUGAUAAAUAUUCUGAGUUCGGAAUAGAGCUGAAUGAUGAAGGUGCAGAUGAAGAUGGUCUUGUGAUAAACGAAGAUCUUGAAGUAAACCAAGAGGACGAACCUUUAUUUGAAUCAUCUGAUAUUAAAAAUUCUGGGGAAUCUGAAUAUUCCUUUGUUAGUGUUGUUCAUGAAAGUGUAUAUGAUGAUGACUCUGUUUUUUUAGAGAGCAAGAAAACAUAUCCUAAUGAAUCUAAGAAUGAAUUGAAUGAAUCAGACGAAAUAUUGCAAAAAAGUAUUUCAAAAAGAUCCAAAAAAUUGAAGGUGAAAAAUAAAAAAUCAAUCACAGAUAAAACUUCUAAAAUUUUAAAAUCUGGUAAUAAAAAUGUUGUUGGUAUAACUUCAAAAUGUACAGUAGCAAAGCAGAAUAAAAAUUCCACUUUAAAGAAAAAAAAGAUAGGUGGGCUUGGUAAUAAAAAUGAUAAAAUGUCACCCAACAUGUCAAAAAAAGACAAAGAUGGUGUGAAGUCAAUGAAAAAGAAAAAUGGAAUUGUGACAUCCAAAAAUAUUGAUAUUGCCACCUAUAUUGAUCGAGAUGAGAUAAAAGAACUUGAAAAAGACCUUGAAAAUGGAGACAGAUACGAAGAGUGUUUGCGAAUAUUUCAAGAAGAUUCAAUAGAGGUAGAACAAUCGGGUGGGUCUUGUGAUAGCAGUGCUAAUGAGCAAGAUAGUGCAAAUACCUCCAUCGAAUGUACGACUAAACCAGAAACUGUUGAGGAAACUAGUGCUGCAACAGUAGGGAAGCGCAGAGUUGCUCAUGUUAAUGCUUCAAUAUCAGCAGUCUCACUUCGGAAGCCAUUAGUUCCCAGAAAGCGAAUUUCAACUCCCGCUCAGCAAAUGAUGGAGCGUCUCAAAAUUUUGGAACAAGAGAAAACAAAGGAGACAUCCACGAGCUCUUCGAGGGUAGCACAUAAAUUAAGUGGCCAAAUGGCUUCAUUGGCAAAGAACAUCAACAGUUCAGUUAAACCAAUGACUUCUUUAGCAAAAUAUGAAAAGAAAAUAGAGCAGAAUCCUUGGUAUCGUGGAAAGAAAGAAGAACCAACAGUGUGCGGGACCGCUACAAAGGGUGUUUCUCGAGUUGCACACCAAUCGAAGGAUACAAUUGUCACUAAAAAUGGAAAUGUAAUACCAUCUCGUCCAAGAAUUGGUGUUGAUAGAUAUAGUAGAGUGCCUACAAAUAUUAGGCAAAGAUACUUGACUACUUUUAUUGAUGAAUGCUUGAGAAUAUUUAACAACAAUCAUGAAAAAGCAUAUGCUAUGGCACAAAUGGAAGAGGAGCAAAUUAAAAAGAGAAGUAAUACUAAAAAUAUUUACCUGAGCCUCGCAGCGAGUACACUAAAAAAGCUUCGCGAAAAGCCAGCAUGUGAAGUAAAGAAUAUAUCUGAACAAAAAAACACAGAAACUGUAUCACAAAAAGGCAUCAGCAAGAAAGCUGAUAGAAUUUCUCAAACUAGCAAUGAAAAAUCCAAAAGAGUCAUGUCACAUGAUAGACUUCUUGAUACCAAUACCAAGAAAUGUAAAGGUGGGUAUACCAUUGAAAAGAGAGAGCAAAAAUCAAAAUUGACACUUUCAGAUUUGUAUGAAACAAUGUGUCGUUAUAUUUUAACACCAGAACAAUUAGAUCAAAAUGGUUAUCCUAGACCUUGUGAUGAGCCAGGUAAAGCUGAAUUUAAAUGCGACCCACCGCAUAAGCCUUUUAACAACACAAGUAAAAAGGUUUGUGUCCACUGUGGCAAAGAAUUCUUUCUUGACAAGAAAGGUAAUUUCGCUCAUGAAGAAGAAUGUGUUCAUCAUUGGGGAAGGGCAUACAUGACUCGUGUAGGGCGAGGUUGGGAGAAAAGAUAUUCAUGCUGCCAGGAAAGACUUGGUUCUGAAGGUUGUACUGUUGGUGAUAGCCAUGUUCAUGCAGACAACAAAUUAGAUAGAUCUGGCUAUGUUAGGACAUUGAUGAAGUCACCUCCAUCUGAUGGGAAUGCUGGUAUUUUUACAUUGGAUUGUGAGAUGUCAUAUACCGUUAAUGGUUUGGAGUUGAUUCGUGUAAGCGUUCUAGAUACCAACUGUGAAUUAAUAUAUGACACUCUCGUUAAACCAAGUGGGAGAGUUCUGGAUUAUAACACAAGAUGGAGUGGCAUCACUAAAGACAAUAUGACAAAUGUAAAAACGACAAUCAGAGAUGUACAAGCUGUUUUCUUAUCAAAAUUUUCGGCAGACACAAUAUUAAUGGGUCACAGCCUUGAAAGUGACCUCAUCGCUCUACGAAUCAUUCAUGAGACAGUAAUUGACACUUCUGUUGUUUUUCCCCAUAAAAGGGGUUUCCCAUACAAGCGUGCACUUCGAACUCUCUGUUCAGAAUUUCUGGGUCUGGUCAUACAAAAUAUGGCUGGUGAAGGGCAUGACAGUACAGAGGAUGCCUCAGCAUGCAUGAAACUAAUGUUGUGGAAAGUGGAAGAAGAUGGUAAAUUGUCAUCUUCUAACAAAUAGUAUUGCAACCGCUUACCUGUAAAUUAUUCCCUUUUUCUCUUAUUUCAGUUGUUCAUUCAUAUAUUUUAUUUUUGUUUGACUUAUGCGCUAUCCAGAGAUUGAUAAUAGCUCAUUUGAUUUCUUAUCAUCAAGAUUCAUACUAAAUUUGAGUGUCCAUACUAAAGUUGGCACACUAUAAGGUCCUCUAAUAAUUAUUUUGUCUUUUUUAUGUGCAAUCAUUAGUAUGUUUAUGUUUCUAUUUCAUAUGUUUAUAAAAUAGGCCGUUCACUUGAUAUAUAAAGCCGAUCUUGGUUUACUAAUUAAUUGUUCCAUACCAUUUGGUGUAAUAUUAGUUUAUGAAGAACGUACAGUUCUGUCAAUAGAAAAAAUCUGGAACAAAACUGAAAUUAUAAAUCGAUGUGUGAUAUGGCCAGGACUUGGCAAGUCUAUUUUGACUCCUCGCCUAUACAUUCUAAAAGUAACGAUCGUGUGCACAAUUAGUACAAAAAAAACUAUGAAAUAAAGUUCCAGACGUGACGAAAAAGUAGUUUUUAACAAGUUUAAUUUGCAUAUAUUAUCAAGUAUUCAUUUUGAUUCAUUAAUGGGAUCAACUGAAGAAUCUCCACCCCAACUAAGACCAACUGUAGUAUAUCCAACCCAACUAAGACCAUCUAACCCCACCAAAUAAUUAGUCCAGGUCAAAUGAAGGAUCAACUGGUAUUAUCGGGUUAGGGGAUGGGGAUAUUCUUCAGUUGUGAGACGUGAUCAACUGAAGAAUCCCCCCAACCCCCUCCCCCCUCCAGGUGAGUCCAACUGAAGAAUCUCCUUCCCAGAUGGGUCUGGGAGGGAGAUUACAACUGAAGAAUAUUCAGAGAUUCAUCAAUGGUCGGUGGGAUGAUUUGAUUACUCCCUGAUAAUGGACUCUAAUGUUUUUAUAUAAUUAUCGAAUUGUAAAUGAAACGUUUUGGCUGUCUUCAAAAUUAGCGAAUAUGUGUCUUAAAACUAAAUGGUUUGAAUACGUAUUUUGAAAUGUUUCUUUACUCUCCGCCAUACACUGUGAAAGAAACUGCAUGCUGAAAUUUUUUUUUGUCAUUGUGUUUUUGGUUCAUUUGGAGUGUAAGUUACAAUGGGAUAUUUUAUUUUUGUUUCAAUGAUUUAUUAAACUUUUCAUCGGUUGGAUUUCA